ACAAAGAUGAUCGAAGCAUCUUAACCAAAACUCACACUAAAUUUUUCUUUUUUUUUACUCAUUUUGGACUCAAACCCCAGCAACGAAAGGAAGCCAGAAGCCCCAAAAAGCCAUAACCAAAACUAUUCUCCCUCUUUCUGUCCUAUCUCUGACUCUAUUGCUCUCUCUCUCUCUCUCUCUCUUUCUCCCCUUGUAUCCGUAACUCUCAAUCCCCCCAAUAUGGCGUUAUAGGGUUUUUUUCACUUUCUCUGCAAAUCAGACUCAUCUAAGCAAAAACCAAACACAAACACUUCCUAAAGUCCUUCCCUGCAAGUAUCUUCUUCUUAGCCUUAGGGUUUAUUCCGUAACUUCCUCACCAAAUCAGAAAAAUUUCCCAAGCUCACUCCUUAACUCUGCUCGCAGAUUCUACUACACUUCGUCUAGGGUUUUCGUUGAUAAUUUUUUUUGCUUUUUGAUUUCUCGUUCGGCGGGAGGGUUUCUGUGAUUCAUUCUCUGUGUGUGUGUGUGUGUGUGUGUGUGUGUGUGUUUAUCGCAUUUGGAUAAGGUGCUUGUUUAGUUGGGGGUUUUGAUUGGUCGAUCCGGGAAAAUGGACGCCCGAGAUUCAUCUGCAUCGUCAUCGACGGCCGCGAAUCGCGACGGUACUUCGUCUACUGAAGAUGAUGCAGUUCUAUCCAUCGUCACUACUCUUGCCAAAGACGCUGCGUUGCACUUCCAGUCCGGCAAGUUCUCCGAGUGCGUCGAAGUUUUGAACCAGCUUUUGCACAAGAAGCAAGAUGAUCCCAAGGUUCUUCAUAAUAUUGCAAUUGCGGAAUACUUUCGGCGUGGUUGUUCAGAUCCAAAGAGCUUGCUUGAAGAACUCUAUAAUGUAAAGAAACAAAGUGAAUACCUUGCUCGAGCAUCUGUAGAACAAACAGAGGCUGCUGGCAGUCAGGGAAAUAAAGGUGUCUUAGGAUCUAAAGGAUCUAGUAUGGUGUCAAAUCCAUUUUCUGCUGUCAGUGGUGCCGGCAUUAUUUACAUGGAUGAAUUUGAUACCUCUGUUGCAAUGCUGAACAUUGCAGUUAUCUGGUUCCAUCUUCACGAAUAUGCAAAGGCAUUGUCAAUCCUUGAACCUUUAUAUCAAAACAUUGGUCCCAUAGAUGAGACAACAGCACUUCAUAUUUGCCUUUUGUUUCUGGAUGUUGGGCUAACGUGCCAUGAAGCAUCAAAGUGUGCUGAGGUAUUGAUAUAUUUGGGAAAAAUUUAUGGUGUUGGCUAUAUGAGUCAAGGUGACAAUGGAAGCUCCACACAACAAUCUGCAAAUCUAGUUCCAAAAUCUACAUCUCUUCCUAGCAGUUCAUUGUCCACAGAUGCUGCUAACUCAGAUUUAGCUGCUAACGUGAAUGCCCCAGAAAAACCUUUAUCGAGAACUCAAUCGGAGGAGACACUCGAGAUGGAAUCUGUGUUACUGGACAUGGAUGUAGCACGGCCUACUGGUCUUUCAGCUUCAAAUGAUCUUUCAAGGAACUCAGUUGACAGGUCUUUUUCUUCUGUUGAUCUGAAGCUUAAGUUGCAGCUCUACAAGGUUCGUUUUCUGCUUCUUACUAGGAACCUAAAGCUAGCUAAACGUGAAGUGAAGCAUGCUAUGAACAUUGGACGGGGAAGAGAUUCCUCUAUGGCUCUUCUCUUAAAGUCCCAGCUUGAAUAUGCCCGUGGUAACCAUCGCAAGGCUAUCAAGCUGUUGAUGGCAUCAAGUAAUCGGACAGACACAGGAAUUUUAAGCAUGUUCCACAAUAAUUUGGGAUGUAUUUAUUACCAGCUUGGAAAAUACCACACAUCGUCGGUAUUCUUUUCCAAGGCAUUGACUAAUUGUUCAUUUAUUCGGAAAGACAAACCUUUAAAGCUGUCAACUUUCUCACAGGAUAACUCUCUCCUUAUAGUAUAUAACUGUGGUGUGCAGUAUUUGGCAUGUGGGAAACCACUGCUUGCUGCACGCUGUUUCCAGAAGGCUGGUUUGAUUUUUUACAAACGACCUCUUUUGUGGCUUAGACUUGCGGAAUGCUGUCUAAUGGCUUUAGAGAAGGGACUUCUAAAAACUAGUCCUGCUAUGUCAGAAAGAUCAGAAAUCAGAACCUAUGUUGUUGGAAAGGGAAAAUGGAGGCAGCUUGUUUUGGAAGAUGGAAUUUUAAGAAAUGGAAAUGCCGAUUCUGUUGAGAAUGUUGAUUUAUUUUUGGGUAGUGAUGUGCAGCCUAAGCUCUCGUUAUCCCUGGCCCGGCAGUGUCUAUCUAAUGCUCUAUACUUGCUGAACUGUUCUGAGUUGAACUAUUCAAAGUCCGAUUUGAACCAUUCAAAGUCUGGUUUGCCUACGGAUACCUUAUUGGAGGAGAAUGAAUCUAGUGAAAUGGCAUCACCCAAGAGCUCGAACCACAAAAACUUACAGAAUAUUGAUUCCAAGGCAUCUACUGUAGCAGUAGGCUUAGGCCAGGUUAAUGCAAAUGGGGAUGCAAAAGAUCAGAAGGGUCCAACAAUCCGCGAGCUUUUGCAGAACUCCCUCAGCUACUAUGAAGAUAUUUCUAAAAGAGAAACUCUUAUGAUCAAGCAAGCUCUUCUUGCUGACCUGGCAUUUGUAGAGUUGGAAUUGGAAAAUCCUUUGAAGGCCCUGUCAAAUGCGAGGUCAUUAUUGGAACUUCCAGAAUGUUCUAGAGUUUACAUUUUUCUAGGUCAUGUUUUUGCGGCAGAAGCUCUUUGUGUGCUCAACAGACAGACAGAAGCUACAGAACAUUUAUCCGCAUACCUGUCUGGGGGAAAUGAUAUUGAACUGCCAUUCAAUCAAGAGGACUGUGAGCGACAACAGGUGGACAGGGCUGUUGAUUGUGAAGAUUUAAACGGAGGAUCGGUGGAUGGGUCAGAAGGUAUUGUGUUCCUUAAACCAGAAGAAGCACGGGCAGCCCUUUAUGUAAAUUUUGCAGCUUUGCAUGCAAUGCAAGGUGAAUUCGACCAGGCCCACCAAUUUGUGUCACAAGCAUUGUCCAUAGCACCCAACAGUGCAGAAGCUAUGUUGACAGCGGUUUAUGUGGAUCUUAUGCUCGGUAAGUCACAAGAAGCUCUUGCCAAGUUAAAAAAGUGCAGUCGGAUCACGUUUUGCUCUAGUGGAGUAACAUUGAAUAAAUCUUCUUGAUCGUUGUAUUGGUGGAUUUAAUUCAUAAAGCUUCAGCUUACCUUGCAGUGGUAAGUUAGUGGGUAGAUCAUCAAACCCUUAGGAGUUGUAACAUAUAUAUAGUUCAAUUCAGAAAUAAAUUUUCUUUUUUUUUUCUUUUUUUUUUUUUUUAAUCCUUCUGAUUUUUUUUUUUUUUUUUGGGGGAAAUUUUCAUAUCUAGGGCUCAUUAAUAGGGUGGUGUGGCUGUGUUUUGUUUAGUGCGGAAGCCCACCUUUCAUAUUUGAGAUGUAGUUUCUGAUUCAGAUUCUUGUGUUUUUAGUGGCCUAAUUCAGUUGGUUCAAAAGACUUGAGAUUUAUGUGGUCUUCAGGGAAAAAGUGAACUGAAAAAAGAUUUUACUCGUUCUGGAUAUGAAUUCCAAGCCAUAUCUUCCACAUACGUUGGGGAUUGUUUUGUUAUCUAAUGUUUAUCUGGAAGGUUAAGAAUCUAAGAUUUAUUCUGCCUCUUU